CUCCUUUUCUAUGCGACUAGCUGCGAGAGAAGGACUGCCCGUGACCAUUCUGGAAAUCUUGGAGAAGCUCACGAGUAUCAGNGGGAGGCGCCUUCACUCGUCGAGGCGAGAAUCUCCGGAGGUAGCUUUGCAAGCUAUCAGCGACGGAUAACUCCAGACGAAGUAAUUGCAGCGAACGAAGAGUAUCCGCCUGCGACAAGUGCUCCACCGUAUGUGGCCAGCCUUCGAGGCUUGCUCGCUCGCCGGAUCUAGCUCGUGGCUCGACAGCAA